AUGCCAUCAGAUUUAAGUGGAGGUAUCAUUCCAACAGCGUAUCGGGAUCUAUUCGAAAUGAUUAAUUCGCAUGGAUUGGAAAAUUUAACAUUUACUAUAUUCUCAGCUUUGUUUGAGUCGAAAGCAUUGACAAAAGCCAUUUUAAAUCAAAUUUGGUAUACGGUUACUCAUUCAAAUUCAAUAGGUUCACGCACUGACUUUUACAAAUGUUUGGCAUUAAUGGCACUUGUUCAACAAGGCAAAGCAAUUGAUGAGAAGCUACUGGACAAUUACGUAAAUCGGGAACUACCGAUCCCUGCACUCGAUAGUGUAACUGAUUUAGAAGAUCGUUUAAUUCGUCUGCUUCGAAAUGACCAAAAAAAAACUACGCUCUGUUUUCGUUAUAAUGAUCUUUGCAUUCUUGAUACUAUUCAAGUGGAUAAAGUACCUGAAAAGAAAGGUAUCAUUAUACGGCACGUUGAAUACGAUAUUACGAUUGACAGUGAGUUUCUUGAAGAACGCCGUCGUUCAUUACAACGAUAUCUUCAAAUUUUAUGUCGACAUCCAGCUAUCUACGAUACAGAUAUUAUAAAAUUUUUUCUAACUUUUCAAGGAAAAUCAUGUGGUGAUAAUAUGAAAGCAACAUAUAAAAAUGAUCUCGAUGAAUACAAUUCUGAAUCCGGAUCCUCAUCGAAUUCUAUGGAUAAUAAUGAAAAAUCCCCAGAAGAUUCUGAUGGUAUACAAAUGUUUCAUAGGAGUCAAACACAUAUCUUAUUUUUACAUCAACAUUUAAAUCAAAUUCGUGGAUAUUUAAAAAGUAUCAAUGAAAAAAAUUUUAAAAACGCCAAUGAUUUUUCAAAUAUUGAAAAAACUUUACAAACACUAGGUUCCGAUUCAACAAACGUCGACCGAUGGGCGACAGGUCCCAAUGACUAUUGGCCAACAAUUCAAACUGGUCUCGGAAGUUUACCUAUUGAAGUAAAUGCUAUUUCCGAACGAAUGAAUGAACAAUUUAAACGUAAUGAUCAAGUUAUCAGCGAGCAUCUAGAUAUGUUAGUUGAUUUACUUCAAGGAUAUAAAGACUUAUGUAAACGAUUUGAAGAAGCAUUACAAAAUGAGAAAAAAGCUCUUCAAAAAGCGAAUAAUCAACAACAACGUUCAUCUACAGCGGCCAGUACAUCGUCCAAGAAUGAUACGAAUCCUGAUACAAUUGAAAAACGUAAUAGACAUGCACUUCAAUGUGUUCAAAUGGAGACACAAUUGGUUUAUGCAAAUUUAGAAGCAUUUGUUUAUAUUCUAAGUAGCUUUGCCAAUAGUCAGUGUAGCGGAUCAUUGGAUCUUGCCAAUAUUUGGAAAGCAUUUGCGAAUAAAGUGUCUCAACUUGGACAAACUUAUACGACAAAAUCUCCCAUAGAUCGAUUGAGAAAAUAA